GGCUCUGACGUCACCACCUGCUAAUGUGCUCCACGGAUUAAAGAUGGCGCCCUCUCAUGCUCUGAGGUGCUGUCAACGGGCUCUGAACUGGGUACCUGUUCUGUUUAUUAACCUGGUUGUCGGCUGGUCUUAUUACGCUUAUGUUGUGGAGCUCUGUGUCUAUACAAUCCCAAACAAUGCAGAACGAAUCAGCUAUUUGGUCAUCUUUCACAUUUUCUUCGCCAUGUUUUUAUGGUCCUACUGGAAAACUAUCGGGUCCAGGCCAGCCAGCCCCUCAAAAGCGUUCGGGCUGCCCAGAGCAGAGAAGGAACUGUACGAGAGAGAGGAGCGAGCUGAGACGCAACAAGAGAUCCUGAAGAAAGUGGCGAGGAAUUUACCCGUGUAUACACGCACGGCAGGAGGAGCCAUCCGAUACUGCGACCACUGCCAGGUAAUCAAACCUGACCGCUGCCAUCACUGCUCCACCUGCGAGAUGUGUGUGCUGAAAAUGGACCAUCACUGCCCCUGGGUGAAUAACUGUGUUGGAUUCUCGAACUACAAGUUCUUUGUGUUGUUCUUGGCUUACGCUUCACUCUACUGUGCAGUAAUUUGUGCCACAGUCAUCCAGUAUUUCAUCAAAUUCUGGAUCAAACAGCUGCCCGACACGCAUGCCAAAUUCCACAUCUUGUUUCUGUUUUUCGUGGCUGCCCUGUUCUUUAUCAGCAUCCUGUCACUUCUCAGCUACCAUCUGUGGCUUGUGGGAAAGAACAGGACCACUAUAGAGGCUUUUAGGGCUCCUGUCUUCACAAAUGGUCGAGACAAAAAUGGGUUUUCUCUGGGCUUUAGCAGAAAUGCAGCAGAGGUGUUUGGAGACCAAGGGAAGUACUGGAUAUUUCCUGUUUUCUCAAGUCUGGGAGACGGACAUUCCUAUGUUACCAGAUUGGUACACAUAGAUCCUGAACAUGCAAACAGUAUCCUCCAGCAAAAUGGCAAAAGCCCUGCUGACGGUGAGGCCGACCCUCGUGUGCUUGGUAACAAUAUACAACACACAGCGGACGACGGCAAAGAGAAAACUGACGGAGGCCAGAUAGUCUCGGUGACAAUGGAGAGUGAGCCAUAGCAGGUCGCAGGUACAUCAGUAAAAAAUGAUGCCUUAAACCAGGAGCAUCAGCACCGCAACAGGAGCCGUCCUCCACCCUCAUUUUGAGUUUGACAGUGCAGCCUCUCAAGCAACAUGUUUUCUAUAUACAUUAAAUGGACCGCCCUUCAUCCGGUGUGCUUUAAACCAGCACCACAACAAUACUGUUGUCAUGUCAACAGGAACUGCACCGCAGCCUCGUAGACUGCACCAGUCUGAAGCAGAGGUGAGACAGGGUUAAUCUUUGUUUUGAGCCAAAAACUUUCAAAUGUUUUAUUAUUGCAUCUGAAAAACUCUGGGACUGCUUUUUCCAUCUUGAGCCAAUGCAGGUCUGUGUUUAUAUACAUGCAUUAAUACAUUCCUACUAGAGAAUCAUCAUUUGUCAGUAUUAAUCCAGCAUUAAUAACUAAGAGAGAGCAGUGGGAGCCACUAAAGCAAGAUGUGUAUACAUUAUACGAAAUGGUGAGACACUUCAACACUGUCAACAGUGUGUCUCCUCAGUUUUAAACUCCAAGCACAGUGCAAUUAUUAAGACCAGUCGUCUGUUGUCAAAUGGUCUAACUUAGUUUACUGUUUACAUGAUUGAAAAUAUUGUUUACACUUUUAAGAUGUCUCUUUUUCACUUUCAAAUGUUAUACUUUGGUCAAACAUACAGUUGGUAAGUAAUAUGUAUACAUUUAAAAUGUGAGGACCAAAUCCAGUUUAACUCCAGUUAAAAUUGUUUCAUCUCAUCUCAAAAUAAUUAUUUAAGACACAUAUCCAAUAGUUCAGAGUAAUCAUUUCAAUGGCAUUGCCAUUUUUCAUUGCAAUAUAAAUAUAUAUGUAAUUUAUUUGUUUUCAAGCUUUUAUAAAUUAAUUGUCUUCAGUGUUGAUUUUAAUGUAAUUGAUUACUUGUUUUAUUUAUAUUUAUUUAUAUUUUUAAAUUGGUCCUCUUCCACAGAAUGUUUUCACUUUCAUGAUCAAUCGUUUGCUACAGUAUGUAUUUGUUUUUAAAUGAAUCAGUCUUGAGUGUUAAUGCCAAUGAUUAAAUCUGUCUUCUUUAUAGUUUUUCCAGUUUAACAAUAAGAUUUAUUUGAAAGUUGGAAAGUAAGAGCACAAAAUUAAACAACAAUAAAACUAUUAAAAUAUAUUGUCAAGGACGUUUGAUCCACUGUGUCCUUGAGCAUGAACCAGGAUAGAUAAGACUUUAUACACCAGUAAUGACUAGUGUCAUCAUAAAUGCUCAUCUCUGUGCUGCUGGCAGCUGUUUCAUUGUAUUACAUUCAUUUUAGUGGGAACGAUGCACAGCACAAUGUGGGGGUUUGCCUGAGUGACCAGUAGACAAUAAUAAUUCUGUGUAGAUGUUACUGACUGAGUGCAUGUACUCACAGUAGUUUAAUAACUAACUUCAUUGACUGAACUCAAAUGAAUGCUCCCCCAAGCAGCUAGAGCUGCUUAUGUCGUUAAGCCUGUAAAGAACUGCUGUUUUAUUGAGACAAAACUAUUCACGUAGGGUGAUCUUCAUUGUUCUGUAACAAUAAAUGUAAUGUAAGGAACUAUAA